CUGCCACUAGGUAAUAUGGCGCAGAGAAGCUUCAUAAGCGUCAGUGCCCUCACUGAGCUGUGGUGACGCCAAACUCAAUUAACAACUCUUCAGCUUGUAUUCACUGCUUAUAAAGGGUGUUGCCAGCACCAUAUGGCCUCAGCCUGGUCUGUAGAGGAGACCUUAUUUGUCUGCUCAGUAUGCCUGGACACCCUGAAGGACCCGGCAACUCUACCCUGUGGGCAUUCAUACUGCCUGGCUUGUAUCCAGAGCCACUGGGACACGAGAAACAGCAAGGGUCAGUACAGCUGCCCCCAGUGUAGGCAGGUCUUCAACCCUCGACCAUCACUGGCUAAGAGCACAGUGCUGGUAGAGGCUAUGGAGAAACUGAGAACCAACAGCCUCAAGCAAAGCUUGCCAUCAAUGCCUAUCUACCUGGAGGUCCUACCAGAUAUAGGGCCGCGACAGGGCAGCAUGUACCCUCAGCUUCCCACAGUGGAGCCCAGGCCCUGCCCUCAACACCACCGACCCAUGGACCUGUUUUGUCAUGAAGACAAGGAGUGCGUGUGUGAGGUGUGUUGCCAGCAUGGACACAAGGGACAUCGUGUGCUCAAACCACAGGAAGAGAGGAAGGAGAGACAGAAAGAGAUUAUUAAGAUGCAGGUAGACAUGCAGAAGAGAAUCCAGGAGACUGAAAAGAGACUUAUGGAGCUCCCACAUGUUGCCCGCCAACACAAGGCCUUGGUGCAGGCUCUAGAGCAAGAGAGCACAGAUUUGUUCUCGGAGCUCGUCAACAACGUGAAUCUAACAGGCGUCCAGGUUGGUGAGGUCCUCAGCACCCAUGAGACCUCCUUAGGCAGCCGGGUAGAAGGGCAGAUCUACAGACUGGAGCACGAGGUGGCACCGCUGCGCUGGAAAUGUGAGGAGCUGAGCAGGCUGGCCAGCAUGCAGGACGACAUCUGCUUCUUGAAGAAUUUCCUCAUCAUGGAGCCACUGGGUCAGACAGGUGCCACAGGAGAGUCAAUACUGAGUCAAGAGGAAGCGGUGGUAGCCUCCGUCCGCUCAGCCCUGAAAGAACUACAAGAGUCAAUACAGGACGUCUGCAAAGCCACUCUGGCCAAGAUCGUCACAUUAGUGAAUCCUGAUCCUGUGGCUUCAACACCCAGUGGUGCAGCAGUAGCAGACACUACAGCAGCUAAUAGCAGUGGUCAGGCCACCACACAAGACACAGCGUAUGAGAGGAUGACAAACCUUCCACCUUUUACACCUCCACAACAAAAAGAUGAGGAUUCAUCCAAACAUCCUGAAUGUCUUCAAGCUUCAGCCCCCCCUUCACCCUUCCCUCCUCCUCAACCUCAAGCAGCUCCUGUGACAACAAUGGGACUUGUUAAUUCAGAACCAAAGACAAGAGAAGAAUUACUGAAAUUUCGCUUUGAACCCACCAUGGACGCCAGCACAGUGUAUCGCCAUGUGCAGCUGUCAGAUGGAGGUCAUAAGGCCACGAUGCGGGCUGAGAAACUAAACUUGCCAGACCAUCCUGAGCGCUUCCACUUCUGGAGACAGGUUCUCUGUAAAGAGCCCCUGGCAGGGAGCCCCUACUACUGGGAGGUGGAGUGGACUGGCAAGAAGAUUACCAUCGGCGUGGCCUACAAGGAGAUGGAGCGUAAGGGUUCUGAUGACAACAGCCGUUUGGGCCACAAUGCUUUGUCUUGGAGCUUGAACUGGUCUGGGACUGGCUUCUCCUUCUGGCACGAUGGGCAGGAACAACUGCUGGGCUCGCCUAAAGCCCGGCGGAUCGGCGUCUAUCUGGACCAGCAUGCAGGGAUUCUGGCCUUUUACCACAUCGACCACAACCAGGCUGAUCUCAUCCACCAGCACCAGAGCCAAUUCACUCGCCCACUGUACCCAGGGUUCAGGUUCUGGGCAGGAGUAGGGGCUACAGUGACUGUUUGCCAAUUGGAUUGAGUUGUAUGUGGGUGAUGGGCUGUUUUUUUUCUUUUUUUUUCAGUUUAGGUCUUUAUUUUUAUUGGACAGCUGAAGUCAUGAAAGGGGAGAGGGAGAGAGAGAAUGACAUGCAGCAGAGGGCCGCAGGUCGGAGUCAAACCCGUGGUCGCUGUGUCAAGGAGCGAACCUCUAUAUAUGGGCGCACGCUCUACCAAGUUAGGUUAGCUACCCAGGCUGUUUUUUGAUAUAACCUAUAUAAUUUGUCUGGUUGGAAGUAUGUUCAAAAUGUAAUAAGGAAGUGAAUGUGCUGUGGAGAUCCUUAGAUCCUAGAGAAGAAAUAAACAUGUUCAGGAAUGUCUUCAUAUUAUUCUUUUUGCACCAGCUUUUAUUGAUGUGAUACAUCUUUGUAGGUCAAUAAAAGAGUUAGAAAAGCACAUUUAAUC